AUGUCAUCCCAAGUCUCCGACCACAUCCUGCCCGCCCCGGAGGGCUCAGCAAUCUCGCCCGGUCAGAUUCCAUCAGAACAACCGCCUAAGCUGAAAGGCCGCCAGAGGUUAUUGCAGAGUCUCCAACGCAUGUCCUCAAGCCCGACAUUAACUAGACGCGGGCGCUCAUCGUCGGCUGCUGGAUAUCGCCGAGACCACAAGGCCUCACUAUCUUGCGUUUCGCUGUCUUCGCCUUCCUACUCGCCAUGCCUAGGUAAUGGAAGUUCCUCCCAGCUGUAUGGGGGUCUCAAUCCUCGCCCUGCGACUCCCGGCUACUCUCGCUCCCCCGAUGAUCCCCAGGACGUCAAUCCUCGCAUUCGACUAGUCGAAACCGACGGCCCCGGCGUCCCGCUUUCUCGCACCGUUCCCCUGCCGUUUGACGUGAGGCCGGCAUCAAGAGGGUCUCCGCGUGCGGUGACACCUGUGGGAGUCAAAUUUGAAGACCCGGUCACCCUUCCAGAGGCUCAGCCGGCCCGAACCCUGGAUUUCUGGGGUGAUAUGCCACAGGAGCUGAAGAUGGAGGUCUUCCAGCAUAUGACUCCGCAGGAGAUUAUUCGGUGCUCUGCUGUUUCAAAGUCGUGGAACGAGAUGUGCUAUGACGGCCAACUAUGGUCCAAGGUCGAUGCAACCGAGUACUACUCUACGAUCCCGAGCGAUGUUUUGGUCAAGCUCAUUACAUCCGGGGGUCCAUUUGUAAAAGAUCUCAAUCUCCGAGGCUGUGUUCAGAUGCGAGAGAAGUGGUCAUCGGAUGGAGAGCGGAUCUUCAAUCUAUGUCGGAAUGUCGUCAACUUCUCUCUUGAAGGCUGUCGGAUUGACAGGGGAUCGAUACAUCAUUUCCUGCUUCACAAUCAUCGUUUGGAAUUCAUUAAUCUUUCAGGCCUGACGACUGUCACGAACUCGGCCAUGAAAGUGAUUGCACGGUCUUGCCCACAACUCCAGACUUUGAAUGUCUCAUGGUGCAAUAAUGUUGACACCAGUGGACUUCUUCGAGUCGUUCAGUCUUGUGAGCGGCUGAAGGAUCUUCGAGCCAGCGAAAUUCGUGGUUUCAGCGAUGAAAAGUUCACAUUGGCCUUGUUCGAGCGCAACAAUUUGGAUCGCCUGAUCAUGAGUCGCACGGAUCUGACCGAUCAGAGUUUGAAAAUACUUAUUCACGGCAAGGAUCCUGCCAUGGAUGUACUGACCGACCGCCCUAUUGUCCCCCCUCGGCGGUUCCGCCAUUUGGAUCUUCAUCAAUCCUCUGAGGUUACCGACAUUGGGCUGAAGAGCCUGGCACACAACGUGCCAGAUCUGCAAGGCCUACAGGUUUCUCAGUGCUCUGAGUUGACAGACGAAUCCGUCAUAGAUGUCAUUCGGACGACACCCAAUCUAUCACAUUUGGAACUAGAGGACUUGGAGAACUUGACAAACAGCACCCUGGUGGAGCUGGCGAAAUCACCCUGUUCCCAGACCCUGGAGCAUCUGAACAUCAGCUACUGCGAAAGUCUCAGUGAUACCGGGAUGCUACAGGUCAUGAAGAGCUGCCCGAAACUACGAUCCGUCGAAAUGGACAACACGAGAGUCUCAGACCUAACCCUCAUGGAAGCUAGCUAUCGCAUCCGCCGACGCGGAUACAGCGACGACCUUCCCCAAAUCGGACUCCGACUCAUGAUCUUCGACUGCGCAAACGUCACCUGGGCAGGCGUCAAGGAAGUCCUCUCCAGUAACGCUUACAUCCCGCGCGCCUCCCGCAAACCCGUUUCCACGGUGGUGACUGUGACACAAACCUCAGACACCGGAUCCUCCCCCGAGACAAGCACAUUCGUCACACCGGCGUCCACCCCCUCGCCUUCGCCAACUUAUCCCAACGAAAUCAUCCAGCUGAAAUGUUUCUACGGCUGGCAGAUGACUGUCGACGAACACACCAAACGCGUCCUCCGUGGUGAUCUUGCUGCAGCUGCCCGGCUGGACCGGAAAUGGGCAGAUUACAUGAUGGCAACCGAAGAGGCGGGCGCUGCAGGUGCGGGUGCCCGCCGACGCAGGCGUCGCGCUCGCGAAGCCGAGCGUCUCUACAACGCUGACGAGGAUGAUGCCGAUACGUAUGGCGGUGCAAUGACCACUCUGGGUGGUAGACGCCGCCGCGCUCAGAGCGGCGGUGGCUGUACCGUCAUGUGA